AUGGCGGAAUCUAUAGAAGAAUAUGACACCUAUGAUGAUGAGGUCCAUUUUCUUGUCCAGUUGCCAUUUUUGUGGACCAGAACAAAAAUUAUUGAAAUUGUUGCAGCAAAGGAUGUUAUAUUUGCACUUUCACAAUCAGGUCUAUGCGCUGCAUUUAAUCGAAUUUAUGAAUCAGACCGUUUCAGUUCAUUGAAGUGCAGAACAACACCUAUAGAGUACAUCAGAAGAGGUCAACUGAAUGAUGGAUUUCCUUUAUUUGAAACUGAAUCACUAAAAUAUCCUGGCUUUGUUGAGUUUGAUGAUGUUAAUGGCAAAGUAUUGACCUUUUCGGCCCAGGAUAGUACUUACAAAGUUUUUGAUCUAAAGAACUACAACUUUCUGUAUUCCAUAUGCGACAAGAAUAUCCAGGAGAUAAAGAUAAGUCCUGGAAUCAUGCUCGUGAUUUAUCAGAAGACAAACUGUCAUGUUCCACUGACUAUAUUGUCAAUUGAGGAUGGAACUCCACUGAAAACCUUCAAUCAGCUGCUGCAUCGAAAUAGAAAGGUUGAUUUCAUCGAGCAGUUCAAUGAAAAGCUUCUCGUGAAGCGAGACAAGGAAAAUCUCCAGAUUAUCGAUGUUAGGCACUCCGAUCUAAUUGAAGUCAACAAAACCGAGUUCAUGACUCCCUCAGCAUUCAUCUUUCUCUAUGAAAACAAUCUAUUCCUGACAUUCUGCAAUAGGACAGUUGCAGCCUGGAAUUUUCGUGGAGAGCUAGUUACAUCAUUUGAGGACCAUGAGUUGUGGCAUCCUAACUGCAAUACAAACAAUAUAUACAUCACUGCUGACCAGGACUUGAUUAUCUCAUAUUGCAAAGUUUCAAAGCAGAGCACAGAUUGUGCUGACAGUGAAGCUGGAGAAGUUUCGUCCAUGGGAUCAAUUAACAUGAGCAACAUCUUUACUGGAAAGUGCUUAGCCAAGAUCUCCCCCAGUGACCCUACUCUCACAAUUGCUCCUCGAAAGAGAGGCGACAACAGCAGAUCUACCAUCCGCAGCACUGUUCUGGAAGCUCUUGAGGACAUCACUGCUCUCUUCUACGAUGAGGACCGCAAUGAAAUCUACACCGGAAACAGCAAAGGCCUGCUCGGCGACAUCCUCGACCGCGGCGGGGACGAGCUCCGCCUCCUCUACCUCCUCCGCCGCCUCGCGCUCUCCGCCGAGGCCCGCGGCAGCGCGUUCCUCCCCAUCCUCGGCAACCGCGAGGUCAUGAACGUCUCCGGCGACUUUCGCUUCGCCACGCCGCAGGGCCUCUAG